GAAAAUAAAACAUCGAUUAGUCUCGCCAGUCUUCACUUUCCAAGAUGGCCGGCACUGCCACCCGAGUUGCCCGAGCCGGUUUAUUAAAGGCUUCUGUGCCAUGGCUUGCUUUGCAGCCAACAGCCAAGUUCUCAACACUAAGAGACAUGACAACUACAAGGAAAGCUGUGCUUGGUGUUAUGGGUGUGCUAGGAGGAGGAGCUGCAGGUAUGGUUUAUGCUCUUAAUGAGUCUGUGAAGGCCUCGGAGUUGGAAUUGCACUGUACCACAUUCCCCUGGCCUCACAAUGGUUAUUUUUCAUCCUUCGACCAUGCAUCCAUCCGCCGUGGAUACGAGGUGUACAAGAAUGUGUGCGCUGCAUGCCAUUCCUUGAAGUACGUUGCUUUCCGUAACCUGAUUGGAGUGUCCCACACUGAAGCAGAAGCCAAGGAAGAAGCUGAGAGUGUACAGAUAACCGAUGGACCUAAUGAAGAGGGUCACAUGUUUCAGAGGCCAGGCAAAUUGUCUGACUAUUUCCCAAAUCCCUAUCCUAACGAUGAAGCUGCUCGUGCUGCCAACAAUGGUGCCCUUCCUCCAGAUUUUUCUUACAUAACAGCAGCCCGACAUGGAGGAGAGAAUUACAUUUUCUCUUUGUUGACUGGGUACUGUGACCCUCCUGCUGGUGUACAAUUACGUGAAGGUCUCUACUACAACCCUUACUUCCCCGGUGGGGCUAUUGGUAUGGCCCAAGCCCUUUACAAUGAGGUGAUGGAAUACAGUGAUGGGACUCCAGCUACGGCUUCGCAAAUGGCCAAAGAUGUGUCGACCUUCCUUCGAUGGGCCUCAGAACCUGAGCAUGAUCAACGCAAAAAAAUGGCCUUGAAGGCCCUAAUGAUCUUUCCUUUACUCAUUGCUAUAUCAUAUUACAUAAAGAGGCACAAGUGGAUAGUAAUUAAGAGUAGGAAAUUUGCUUUCAAACCUUCCUCCAAGUAACAAGUUGUAUUAUACCCUUGAGAGAUUGUCAUUCACUGUAAUAAUAAAUACUGCCAUAUUAAUAAUUUGACAGUUGUCUGCCAAUUCCCAUGACUGGAUUGGAAUAGUUUUAACGAAUUUAAACAUUCAAUUUCUCUUGUUAAGAUUCUGUGCCCAUCCUUGGGAAAUGGUAAGUUGAUUGUCACCAGUUGAGACAAGGUCAUAUGGUUGCUAUCAAACAAUAGAAGACAAAGCAUUUAGUAAUAUUUCAUGAUUUUUAAGGGUAUAUUUCUACAAUGUAGGAAUUUAUAGAAGAAAACUCGGUGACUUGCAGGAAGAGGGAGAGCUCCCUUUUGGCAGACAAACCAGUGUACAUAGUUAUAUUUAUUUGGCAAUAAGAGUAAGUUGUUCUAGCAUUGCCAAGCUUCGUGUACAUUACCAGGAAGUUAUAAGAAAUACAUUAAACAUUUUU